UUCAGCUACUGAAUGGCUUGCUGUUGAGAUCCACUCCAAACGAUCUUCCUUCUGCAAAGAGACAAAGCGGAUCAGAGACAAUCUCCACCACAAGAGCGAUCGGAUAACAUUUGCAGCGAAACAGAUGAUGAUAUCAAUUAAAACUUAUCAGUAUCCUCUGCUCAUGAUACGGUCGAGAUCUGCGGACAUAUUUUGAAUGGAAAUCGAACUUCGAGGAACGGGCAAUUUGUAACCAGCAGUGAUCGAAAUGGAUAGACGCUCGACCCAAGGGACUGCCCUAACUGAGGAAAAUCACGGAGUCUGCUAAAAUUGAGGCAGCCUCCUCGCUCGCCAGACAUACGUCGGUGCAGCUAUCCUCAUAUUUCGCCUCUUGUUUAUGAGCAGAGUUAGAAGCCGCAUCAAUUACCGGGUACAACACCGCAGCAGAAAACAGCUCCUGUUUCUCUUUCCGCUUAUGUUUCCAUAUGUCUACCUCUAUAUCUUUAUUUUGUGCAUCCAGACUUGUGUUUACAGACUAGUUUGCUUCUUGACUAUGACCUACGGGGUCGUCAUAUUUCCUUACUUCUUCCUAUGGUCGAAUGUAGAUCCAUCAGAUCUACCUAUAAGACGCAUUAUUUGUCAGUUCUCGCCAUUCUAUAAGUACUGUGCAUAG